AUGGGUGUGCGCUGGUGGGCAGCCGGCCCACUUCUAUGGCUGACCGCAAGCGACUUCAGAUGUGCUGGUGCUUUCGACGAAUGUGAAGUUCCCUCAGUUCCCUCGUCACUCUCGCUUGUCCAAACAGCAUUGCAGCUCCAACGAAGACGGUUUAUGGACGAAGUUCCUCUCUCGGCUGAGGAAAGCAGGCGUGCGGGCGUCUGCACCGACACUGUACCGGUGCUGGGCUCCGCACGGGGUCUCCCGAUCCUCGGGUACAUCGGGUGCUGUUUGCAAAGGGACCUGGACAGUGCAAAUGUUCGCCCAGCGUUUGAUGACACACCAAAUCCCGCACGGCAGAAGUCACAGGAGAACGCUAUGAAACAGUCCAGCACGCAUCAGUUGCGAAUGAGCCACGCCCAAGCCUGCGCCGUGAACGAACAGCACGAGAAGGUGGUGUGCCGAUACUGCCCCAAGUCAGGAGACAAGCGUGGAACAGCCACUACGAGAGAUCUUCAGGAGACGCGGGAUCCCCCCAGCCACGACAACCACCGACAGGAAGCGCAAGGCCAAGAGCGAGGAGGCCGCGGCACGGCGCAGACACCGCAACUGAAAGAGCACUCACAAAGGCUGAGGGAGACGGCAGACCCUGUGGCAAGAUACUUGGAAGCCGGCGGGCGCCACGUCAUGACGGCGCCAAGUGCCUUGGGCAUGUUGAUGGACAUCGACAUUUACAUCCACUGGGGUGUCACGAAUGUCCGCCGACAGGAUCCCAAUGGGAGGAGCAAUGUCACCCAGGAGAUGAAUCUAGAACUUUACCGUGGGCUCAUUGAUAUGCAACGGGCUGGAAAGACCCGCCACAUUGCAGUUGGUCUUCACACCCGGAAAGAAAUCGAAUAUUUGAUCAACUCCACAGGUGUGAAGCCGGACAUCAUGUGGGGAUGGAUAACACCGUUUAUGCCCCAGAAGCAGAUCGACCUGGCGAUGUGGGCCAAAGGCCAGGGAAUGGCAGUGGCCGCUUGGGGGCCCUUCAACUGGAUGAGGCUUGAUGAGCCAACCCAGCUUGAAGAGCACAGGUCAAUAACCGACGAGCUCGCCAGGAAGUACAACGCCAGUGUUUACCAGAUGCUUGCCUACUUGACCAUUGAAGGUCGUCAGCAAGGGAUACCGUAG